CAUUCGUUUCCAAGGGGCAGGUCAGUGUAAACAACGCAAAGUGCGGGCGUUCGUGAAUGCUCCGCUGUUGAAGAAAUUGACGUUUUAAGCUGUGCUGAAGGAAGUAAUUGGAUUACCAGUAGUCAAGAAGAAAUGGAAAUGGAAGUGAACGCCGGCAAAUUGGGUAAGCCGGGAACCGGUAAGGCGAGCUUUAAAUUCAACUCCUCGAACGAUGGUGUCCUGUUGCGGCUUCACCAUACCGUAAAGAACGAGACGGAAGGGACGGUGGUACGGAUACGUUUCACAGCGGCCGGAUUCACUGCGAACAACGAACGGCUGGUUGCAGCAGAUCAUCGGGACAAUGUAUUUGUGUUCGAUUUGGUUGGCCAGCGGUUUUGGGCGGUUGCGGAGCAGCUCAAGCGCAUAACCAUCAUCGAAGGACUCGUCGGUGGUAAUCUAGUUGCCCUUGGCAGCAAGGACGGGAUGGUGUUUAUUCUUGAUUUGGAUGAAAACAAUUGCGCCCGGAAGCUGAAUGCCCAUCCGGGUCGGGUUGUGUAUCUCGCCAGCUCCUCACCGAACCACGCCACCGCAAAGUUACGCUCGAAAGCAACCGGAAUAUCCUCACCGGCCGAUGCAUUUGAACGAUACGAUCGCACCUAUCUGCUGGCAGCAUCGCAGGACUGCGCCAAACUGUACUCGCGCGAAGACUUUGCCGAGCUGGCCUGCCUCCGGUACGGGCUGGCGGCGAACAACUCGUUCCGCCCGAACGCUUGGCACUGGUUCGGGGCACCUACCGGUCCAGCAUUGAUUACGCACAGCACCGAGGGGGUUGUCCGGGUGUACCGGCCCAACUUCAAACUCGUCAAAGAGCUAAACAUCACACGGCUUAUCGAGCUUUAUCGUAAGAACACCCCAGCCCAAACGAUCACCUUCGAGCGGCAGCGUUCUGAGAGCGCUGCAGAAGAGCCCGAUAGUGUUGAGCUGACCGUAAAGCGUCUCACCGAAGCGAUGGUAUCGCCCGGUCGACGCAUAACGACCGCCCAGCCCACUAAGGAUGGGCAGUACUACGUGGCGUUGUGCGGACACAGCACGCUCGCCUUCCUUGCCCUCGACUCGUGGCUCGUCUGCCGGGUGGUUACGCUGUCCAAUUUGUUUAUCGCACAGUUUGCAUUCCUGCCGGCCGGUGAGAGCGCCGGCAGUGGUCGUAGAGCACGCUGCUGCACACUCACCGUGCGUACCACGGGCAAUGAUUUAAUGCUGCUAAAUUUCGGCAACGAUGCCGGCUGUCUCGACAAUAAUCCUUCCGUACUGCGACCGCUUGCGAGUGGCAGUGGUGGUGGUGGUGGUGGUGGUGGUGUGGUGCAUAAUUGCUAUAAAUUUGCCCUCGCUCCCAACGGGCGCAUGCUGGCGAACGUUCUCGGCAGUGGUGAGGUGUUGCUGCACAACUUGGACCCGUACCGGCGGAUCGAUGCAGCAGCAUCGGCAAUGGGACACCACCGGAAGGCGGCACGGAAAAUUGAACGCCCCGGAAGCGGUACGUCGUCCUGCACGGGGAGUUUGGGUCGGCUACAGCGGUCACCACGCAAAGCGAAGCUAGAACAACAAAUAAACGCCCUCCAGGUGCAGCUCUCGAAAACACUGCCCAAACAUCGGCUGCUACCGAUACUGCGGGAGUACGGCGAAUAUCCGGCCAAGCAUCGAGCAACCAUUUGGCGCACACUACUAGAGCUGCCGGGUGAUCGGGCCAGCUACGCGGUACUGCUGAACCGCGGCUCCCAUCCGUGCGUGGCCUCUUACGAGCAGCGAUUUGCCGGGCUCGAUCGGCGUACCGUGCGCAAUCUAAAGCGUACCGUCUCCUGUCUGGCCCACUGGUGCCCAGCCUUCGGACUCAUCGAUUAUCUGCCGAGCUUUGUGCUGCCGUUCGUCCGCCAGCAGCCAACCGAUGCACUUGCCCUGUUCGAAACGGUGGCCACCGUGCUGAUGAACCAGUGUCAGCACUGGUUCGAGUACGCACCGCUCGAACCGUUCAACUAUCUGGCGAUGGUCGAGAACGUGCUGGCCGACUGUGAGCCCCGGCUGAUGGCAUUCUACCGGCGGAAUGGUGUCGCGCCGCGAACGUACGCAGUGCCGCUGAUGGAGAGCGCGUUCGUGCGCUGCUGCAGUGGUGGAACCGAUGGCGACAACCAGUGGCUAACGCUGUGGGAUCACGUGCUGUCGAACGAGCCGUGCUUUGGCGUGUUUCUCGUCGCCGCGUACAGCAGCCUCCAUCGGGGCACGCUGCUGAAGGCCACCGCCGACGGUGGAUCAACAACGGUGGAACGGAUAUUCUUCCAUCAAUCGAGCGCGUUCGGCGAUGUGCGGCGGUUGGUAGGGCGUGCGCACGACCUAAUGGAACGUUGCACCGCUGCUGCCCAUCCGAGGCACUACUUUAAACCCUUUACCCCGCUCAACAUGCCGUCCACACUGCCGACCGUCAAUGACGGGUGGAAACCGUCGUCUUGUGACAGUGCGGCCAGUAACGCUGUCGAUUGUUUCUCGCCCGCUGGGGAAAGUGAGGAGCUUUCGGCACACUCCACCGCCUCUCCGACACCUUCCGGCGAGGCGGCUAAUGCGUCGGAAAAGGGAUCUUCCCACCGUACGUACGCGAGCUUUGCCAACUUUCCGCACAAGCUGACCGAAGUGCGGUGCACGGAAACGGACACGCUGCGAGCGGAACAGCGCCGGCUGGAGGGGAAAAUUAUCGAGCUGGAAAAGCUGGAGCACGGUCUGCGGGAGCGGCUGGCGAACGAUCUGGUGCGGCAGGAGCAUGAGCAGCGUGUGAAGGCCGUGGAACGCAACCUCGAGGAAGCGAUCGCCCGGGAGGAGCAGCGGGUCGAGAUGCAGCGGAAAUUGUUGCUGCUGCACCGGAAGCAGCUGCGCGAGCGGGAAAACGAACUUUCGCUCGACGUGGCGAACGCGAAGCUCAUCAACGACGCGACGGUGCGGGAGCGGGAGCUCGAUGCGCUGCUGAACAAGUUUGCCCGUGAGCGACAACGGGAGGAAACCGAUCUGCUGUUUGCCGAGGAGGACAUUAAGCUGAAGGAGCUGGAACUGUUGGGCCGGUAUCGGACGGAACCCGACGCAGCGCGAGUGCGCCGGCCGCUCGAUCAGCGGUACCAGGUGGCGCUUGAACAGCUGGCAGUGCAGAAGCUGAAACUUUACGACGAAAUUGAUCGGACAUACUCGUCGCUCGGUAUGCCGGCGGGAGCGAACGAGUACGCGUACCGGACGGUGUCGGAGCUGCGCAAGGUAGCGUCUGCUGCGGCGUAUGGCAGCGAGCGACAGCGCGACAAGAUGGAAGAGCGCCCCCGAGAACGGCUACCAGGGCUGAUUGGAAGCGAUUCCUCAAGUCAGGUGUACGCGGACACGAUACGGCGCAUGGAGGAGCAGGUGAAGGUUUUGCAGCGCCUCAAAAAUGACGUCCAAAGGAAAUGAAGGUAUCCGAACGUGGCCAAUUUAAGAGUUUGUGUGUGUGUGUGUGUGUGUCUGUAUUAUUUUGUCUUUCGUAACAAAAUUGGUACCAUUUCCGAACGAAA